AUGCAGGCGAACCACUCCGAUAUGCACACCGACAUGCCGACCUCUUCCGAAGAGCAUGCGUCGUUACAUCCACCACAAGAUACACACCUCGGCAAUGCUGAUCCGCCUGCGCAUGAAGAUCAGCAGAGCGACCUCCCCUCGCAUGAGACCAUGCUGUCCGCGAAGCUCGCGGCCGAGAUCUACGCCGAGCGAUGCCUCAGGCCGGGGCAUGCAACCGUCGAGAGCGCCUUCGUUGCCAGCAAGUACGGCACUAGCCCCAAGACCGUCCGCGACAUCUGGAGCCGCCGGACCUGGCCCGAUGCCACCAGGCCUCUCUGGACCGAGGAGGAGAGAGCGCUGGAGCAGCAGGAGGAUGAAGAGGAGGGGAGGGAUGCGAUGUCAGAUGAGACAGAAGACACGUGGCCUGGGGAGAGGAAGCACAGGCGCGAGAGCACGUCCAAGACGUCCAGCAGGGAGAAGGUCAGGGCGGUGAUUGACCGCCGAACAGCAGGGGAGAUAGCAUCGCUGCUGCACCAGAUGAUGGAGCAGCAGGAGCAGAUCAUGGCGCAGCAGCGACAGAUCCUAGAGAGGGGUAUCCAGCCCGGAGUGGAAGGAAUGAUUGGAGCGGUGCUCAUGACUUUUUGCGAGCUGAUUGCCAAGAUGGAGGCAUGGGGCGAAGGGCUGGAGUUGGUGGAGGAAGCAGAAGCAGAAGCCAAAGCUCACGGAAAGGGACGCCACCUUGGGGCGAUGGCAGCAGUAGUGUCGCAAUGA